UAUAAUCAGUUAUCAGUGAUCCACAUAAAAGAAAGAAAGAAACCUAGUUGUUUCUAGUGACACACACAGAUAGUGAGUAGUCCUUGGUGGAGAUGAGUUCAUCAAUUUCAUAUUUGGCAUCUUCAGUUGGCACUACAUGCAAUUGCAAACCCAGCAGAAGCGUCACCAACAACUUCUACACUCAAAUUAGUCAAAACACAACAACAACAAGUAGUCUUAUGAUCGUAACAUCAACUCAUGAUGUCAAAGCCUUGAGCAGCUACAAACAGAAACAACUGCAACUAAAAGAAAAGGUAAAGCCAGGAGGUUUGUUUGGGAGGAGAGAAGCCUUGGCCAUUAUUGGCGGUGGUGGUGGUUUUGGGCUCUCAUUUGGCAUUUUGGAAUUACUUCUUCAUCCCUCUCACUGUGAAGCAGCACCAAUUGAAGGAGGUGGUGGGCCCUGUGAGUUCAGUGUGGCCCCAUCUGGCCUUGCUUUCUGUGACAAAGUUGUGGGAUACGGCGCUGAGCCUGUCAAAGGUCAGCUCAUUAAGGCACACUACGUUGGGAAAUUGGAAAAUGGGAAGGUCUUUGACAGCAGCUAUAACCGCGGGAAGCCUCUUACGUUCCGAAUUGGUGUUGGUGAGGUCAUCAAAGGCUGGGACGAAGGCAUUCUAGGCGGCGAUGGAAUUCCUCCUAUGCUUGCCGGGGGAAAGCGAGUCUUAAAGCUUCCUCCAGAACUCGGGUAUGGAGUGAGAGGGGCUGGGUGUAGAGGAGGUUCAUGCAUAAUUCCUCCAAAUUCAGUUCUUCUGUUUGAUGUAGAGUUCAUUGGCAAGGCAUGAGUGUGGCCACAGAGCCAGCAGAUACAUCCUCAAAUCCAACUCAUUUUUGCCACUGCUCUUUUUUGAGCAAUUUGUCUGUUGGUGAUAGAAAAAGAAAAAAAAAAAAAAAAAAAGGCAUAAGCAUUAUAUCUCUUUUAUUUUGAGAUAUUGUUUUUUCUUUAUAAGAGCCAGCAGAUGCAAUGUUUUCUUCGCAUCACAUAUCAAAUUAAUAAAAUUAAUAUGCUUUGUU